AUGGCAAACCUCCCCAGCUCCUUCAUCAUCACCCUCAACGGCACCCCAAUCGCCAAAAACUUCGAGUCCGAAGAAGAACGAAUCCACGCAGAGACCGGCGGCAACAACCCAGCCGUUUUCACUCUCAACGACGGCCUCCUCGAGUCCGACGGCUGGUACCUUGGACGAUUCGCAAUCGAGGAUCGCAGCCUGCUUCCCAAGCCUGUAUUCUGGCACAAGAAGGGGCCCGAGUUUGAUGAGAACUCGGUUCAAAGGACUAUUAUUGAUGAUCAUGGAGAGAUAGUUAUUAGGAAUGGUGAACGGCCUGCUACUGUGGGUAUUCACCCUGCCUAA